ACUGAAACAUUAAUGGUUUUACGCGCCUCCUUCUUCUUCCUUAACGCUUUACCAGCUUUCUCUUGCUUCUGCUCCAGUUCCAGUGUCUUCCUUAGAUUAUUUUCUUUUCCCAUCAAAAAGCCACCCAGAUGUUUUCUAAUUUCUACUUUCGCAUAGUAUAUUGAUUUGGUUUUUUGGAAGCUGGAUCAAUCCAUCACCGCUCUUCCUUAACCAUAACAUUAUAAAAACAUAUCAAUUAUGUAAUUUUCAUAUUUCCUUCACCCAACAAACCCCAAAAAAAUUUGAAAAAAAAAAUUUCUUUCUUUAGUACUUAUAAUCUGGCUUGCUUCCUUUCUUUUCUUCCUUAGCUGCACAUCUAUAAAAGCCCUAGAAAAUAUGUAAGUUCGUCUUGUCUUCUCCGUGGUCCAAAUCUUAAAAAAAAAAAAAAAAAAAAAAAGAAAGCUCGUCAUUCGUUCUUAAAAAUUCUUGUAUCCUAACCGUUAGCAGUCCUGGAUAAGAACAAGAUCAUCGUGUUGGUAAACCGUUAAAAAAAAAAGAGUCAAAUCAUGUAAAAUCGUCCCAAUCCUAGCUAUCAUCUAAAAUUUAAAAAAUAUAUAUAUAUAUACCUUCCGUUCCAUUGAUAUUCGAUAUUGAAGUGUAUAUAUAUAUAUAUAUAUAAAAGCAAAUGCCGGAAUCCGAGGCAGGGACACCAACAGUGUCAGCGCCGGCGACGCCUGGAACGCCGGGAGGGCCGCUGUUUUCGUCGCUGAGGGUAGACUCAUUGUCUUAUGAUCGAAAGUCAAUGCCAAGAUGCAAGUGCUUGCCAGUUAAUGCUCCAACCUGGGGUCAAUCCCACACGUGCUUCACUGAUUUCCCUUCCCCGGAUGUCUCUCUUACCCGCAAGUGCAUAUAUAUAUAUAUAUAUAUAUAUAUGUUGAAAUGGUUGGUAUUGAAGCUUGGAGCAGAAUUCGUGGGAACCUUCAUCCUCAUAUUUGCAGCAACAGCAGGACCAAUAGUGAAUCAAAAGCACAAUGGAGUGGAGUCAUUGAUUGGAAAUGCAGCAUGCGCAGGGUUAGCAGUGAUGAUAAUAAUUCUCUCAACUGGACACAUAUCAGGGGCUCACUUGAACCCAUCCUUGACCAUUGCCUUUGCAGCUCUCCGUCACUUUCCCUGGAUGCAAGUCCCGGCCUACAUAGCUGCCCAAGUAUCUGCUUCCAUAUGUGCAUCUUUCGCUCUCAAAGGAGUCUUCCAUCCAUUCAUGUCUGGUGGCGUUACUGUUCCCUCUGUAAGCACUGGCCAGGCUUUCGCACUUGAGUUUCUCAUUACUUUCAAUCUCUUGUUCGUUGUAACUGCCGUUGCAACUGAUACCAGAGCUGUAGGAGAGUUGGCUGGAAUAGCUGUUGGAGCAACUGUUAUGCUCAACAUUCUUGUUGCAGGGCCAUCAAGCGGUGGUUCAAUGAAUCCGGUGAGGACUCUGGGGCCGGCGGUGGCCGCAGGAAAUUACAGGGACUUGUGGAUAUACUUGGUGGCUCCCACACUUGGGGCUCUCGCUGGUGCAGGUACUUACACUCUUGUGAAGCUCCGAGAGGACGAAGCGGAUCCACCCCGCCCAGUCAGAAGCUUCCGUCGCUAGAAGAAUGCCUCUAUAUACUAUUUAAUGUGCAAUUAUAGUCAUUAAUGGUUUGCGUUAAAAAAAAACAAAUGGUGUGGGACAUGAUAUUUCCAUCAAAGAUUGUGAAAAUAAAGGCGAUGCGACUAUAAGUCGACGCCUACAGUGUGGUUUAAUAAUGCUGCAGAAGGAUCGGUGCUUAUCAUCUCUCAAGUCAAUCUAUGAGAGAUGAUUGUUUGGCUGUGUCUUCUUUUGCAAUGCUAGCUGGCUAUCUAGCUUUCUUUGUUGCUUCUUGUAUGAUUAUUCUACUGACUUUCGAUAUACCGCGUGGUCUGUGCAUAUUUGACUUA